UAAAUGAUUUACAAACCUUAAGAUAACAAAGUAUAAAACUGUAUCACUCUCUUCACUUUACAAACAAAACCCUUUCUGAAUAAUUUGCCAUGUCUGUGAAAAUGUUUCAAAUUUUGGUGUCUGCUCUGCUGUUUACAGCUUCUGUUUCCAGUGUCCUUGGAGCACCCUUUCUGACAGAAGAAUCAGCGAAUCAAUUCAUGCGGCUUAAACGACACAUACCAUAUUCUCCGAGCUACUGGGACUCAGGCAGCAGCCAGAACACGUGGGCAUACACUGUGGCUGAACAGAUUAGUGAAUCAUGGGCUGCUUUGAGGGAAACAGCGCAAUACUACAUGGACUUGGACUCUUUUGCCUUCAAUCCUUCAACAACUGUGUUAGAUGGAGUUUCUCAACAGAGCAUUUCAUAGACUCGGAGCCUGUGUGUACCUAACAACAACAUCAGAUCCUACAUGGAGCAACUACAGCAGUCUGAGACUCGCCUCCAGCAACAAGCUAUUAAAACCUACACAUUUUGUAUCUGGCCAUGUUAGAA